AUGAAGCCAGCCGCCGUGUUCCUUCUUUUCACCUCGCUCGCCUCUGGGGCCAUCGUGCGAAAACCCGCAGUCAACCACCAGCCAGGCACGCACUGGCUGUCCCAGCGAGACGUUUCGCCGCCUCGCGUCAGCCCCGACAAGCAGGUUCCCCAGGGCCCCCCUGACGAGACCAAAGUGGCCAAUGUCAAGAAACCAAAGUUCUUCUGGAAGGUUCCAGCCCGCUACACGGUUGGCUGGCCAGGCUCGCUCUAUCUCGACGCCUUGUACAAAAAAUGGAUCGGGCUCCUAGUCAGGUCGAGGAUUCGAGAGUUCAACCCUUUCAAAGACGUUUCGCCCGACAGCACCCUGAAGCAUCGCAUCAACAACAGGGGAUUUUGCAGCACUCUUCGAGGCCUGGGAUGGAUCGCCAGCGGCCUGACGCGACAUGCGACGUCGCUUCAGCACAGCAAGAUGCCCGCUGCGGCCGACAACAAGACCCGCCCGACGGUGCUUUCUUCCCGGAUGAUAACGAGAUGGAGCGGGCAUCUGAAGACACUGCAAACUCGGCUGUCACGGACAGAGUCCUUCUCAAACCAAAUGCUCAGCGCCUCGUGCUAUGUCGAUUACGUAGAGAAGGUUAGCGCAUGGCUCGUGGCCUUGCGCAAGCUGGCCGACAAGUUUGACAAAAUGGACCCGACGCGUCAGGAUGUCAGCACGAGCUUGAAGAAACUUGCCAUGGCGCACCUGGGCGUGGCGCGAUUGGUCCACGACACCGACAAGCCUCUCAUCAACGAGAUAAUCCCGGAUAAGGACACGACUGGAUCGGCCGAGACGCUCAAGUCCGAGUACAAAAUGAAAGCCGGCCAGCCCCUUCAAACAUGGGUCAAGGACAGCGAUCCAAUCUGUCCAUUGCCUAAAGGAGGGCUUUUUCAAGAGACAAUUAUGGCGUGGCGAUACGAACUCAAGAACGAGACAGAGGAAGAUAAGGAGAAGGCAUACAAAGCGUCGUGGAUCAUGGAGCCGAAGCCGGAACACGAGGGCGACGAUGACGAUGACGAUGACGACGAGAAGAACAAAAACGCUUGGAUGCUCAAGAUAAAGCGACAAUCUGCUGACCUCGACAAUCACGACUCGUCGAGCAUCGAGGUGACCCAGCCAGUCCAGAAGAAGGAAGAGGGAAAAAAUGUUCCCAACGAGGAAGAGGCCGGCUCAGUCAAGGCAAACACCGAGGAUUGCGGCGAGGAUGUUCCGUCCAACUCGACGGAGAGCAAGCCGUCCGGAUCCGCGGUCAAUAUGAAAAUCAUCAAGGGGAUUUACAAGGUCCUCGUGCCAGGUUUUCAGUUCUGGAACGUGUAA